AUGAAAAAUGUUAAUGAUGCCAACAAUUCCAAACCAUUUGGUGGUAAAGUCAAUGUGUUGGGAGGUGACUUUAGACAAAUUUUACCUGUUAUCAAAAAAGGUUCUAGGUUUGAUAUCAUCAAAGCAACAAUCAAUUAUUCUAAGUUAUGGAAGUGUUGUCAAGUGCUCAAACUAUCAAAGAACAUAGUAUCAAGUACUACAACAGAUACUCAAACAACAAAUGAUAUCAAAGAAUUUGCUGAUUGGAUAUUGAAGAUUGGAGACGGAGAAAUGGAUUUAAAUGAGAAUGGUGAGUGCAUGGUUGAGAUUCCAAAACAGCGGCUUAUUGAAAAUACAAAGUUACCUUUACUAUCGUUGGUUGAAUUUUUUUAUCCUCAAUUUGUGGUUAACAUGAUGAAGCUUGGUUAUUUUGAUGAUGGAGCAAUCUUGUGCCCAACAAAUGAUUUUGUAGAGGAAGUAAAUGAAUUUGUGUUGUCUUUAUUAGGUGGUGAAGAGGUAACUUAUUUAAGUUCAGAUACACCUUGCCAAUCUGAUGUACAAGAUGAAAGUCAUUUUGAAUGGUUUACAUCUGAAUUCUUAAAUGAUAUCAAAUGUUCAGGGAUACCAAAUCAUAAACUGAAGUUGAAAACAGGUGUGCCAAUUAUGCUGUUGAGAAAUAUUGAUCAAGCGAAAGGUCUUUGCAAUGGCACAAGAUUGCAAGUUAACCAUUUAGGCAAAAAUAUAAUCUCUGUAACUGUAAUUACUGGAAAAAAACAUUAG